AGGGUUAAGUAGUUUCACACUAAACAGGAAAUAACGAACUAGAGAGAGAAACGAAAGAGAAAUACUAUACUGAAUGUAGAAAGCAAAAUGUUGUUCUCUUCAUUCAGUUCAUUAGUGUUGACUGUGGACUGACGGCCACACAUCUGUACAGCUGCCAAGACUGUAACUACUCCAAUCUCUGCUGUCAGAAAAGAAGGAGACUCCAAGAUAUUGUUUCAGGAUCCUUUAGACGCUCAGCAGAACAUCUGUCCACUAUGAACCCUCGGCUAACAGCGACCCAGCAGAGAACGAUCUGCUCUCAGCUGGGAAAGGUCAAACUGCAGCUGCUGUACAAGGCCAGCGUCCAUGGAUACACCAGUGCAGCCUUCCACCAACGAUGUGACAACCGCUCUCCCACUGUGUCUGUGGGCUAUAACGCUUCUGGCUUUGUAUUUGGAGGAUACACCAAACAACCCUUUUCUCAGUCUGGACAGUAUGUCCAAGAUGACCAGGCCUUUCUUUUCAUCCUUAAAGGAGAAAAUCUCCUCAGAUAUCCAGUCACUCAACCUGCAUAUGCAGUGAGAAUGAUGAAAAACUCUGGGCCUUACUUUGGAGAAGAUUUGGCUCUAGCCAAAGGAAACAAUGCUGUAGUUUAUAGCAGUCCAAGGAAAUAUUACAACUUCAAUGCUGCAGAAAUGCACGGAAAUGACCUGAACCUGACUGAGUGUGAAGUCUACCAGGUGGAAGAAGAUACCACUUUACUUGAGCGUCCAUGGAGGCCCAUAAUCUGGAAUUCUGAGAGGAGGACAAAGCUGAUGGAGAGCAUUAAAACCCACAAACCCAUAGACAGUUCUGUGUCCCAGGUUCGGGUUUUGCUUGUUGGACCAGUUGGAGCUGGAAAGUCCAGCUUCUUCAACUCUGUCAACUCUGUAUUCAGAGGACAUGUCACCAGCCAGGCCAUGUGUGGCAGCUCUGCCACCAGCCUCACCACACAGUUUCGUGCCUACCCUCUGAAAGAUGGGCGGGAAGGCAAACAUCUGCCAAUCAUCUUAUGUGAUACCAUGGGGCUGGAGGAAAGCACAGGAGCGGGGCUUGAUAUAAAUGACAUCAGCAGUAUUCUUAAAGGUCAUCUGUCAGACCGUUAUCAGUUCAACUCUCGUUCUUGGACUUCGUGGUUCUAUAACCCUUUCAAGUCUCAAGAGCUCAAGGACAAGAUCCACUGUGUAGCCUACGUCAUUGAUGCCUGCAAGGUCUCCAUCAUGCCUGCAAAUCUAGAGGAGAAGCUGAAUGACAUCCGCAGUCAGAUUAACUCAAUGGGGAUUCCUCAGCUGGUCCUGCUCACUAAAGUAGAUGAAGCCUGCCCUCAGGUGAAACAGGACGUGACAAACAUUUAUUCCAGCACCUACAUUAAGGAGAUGGCGGAGCAGGUCAGUGCUCGGCUCGGUGUGCCUCUGUCCCAUGUCAUUCCCUUCAAGAACUACAGUGAAGAAUUGGAGUUGGACUUGAACUGUGACAUCCUGAUCCUCAGCGCCAUCAAUCAAAUGCUUCGUUUGGCUGAUGACUAUUUUGACGACGAAAAACCAAGAAGUCUGUGGUGUACACGGAUGUACUACUAGUCCAGAUUUGUGAUCCAGGAAGUCCGCAUGCAGCCAGGUCUCCGCGAAACACAAACACUGCUCAUGUCCACUCCCUGUGGAUGGUACCGACGGAUGGUACUGUGCACACAGUUUAUCCUUUUUGCCUGCCAAAGACCUCAGGUUUGUAUUUCGUUUGUAAUUUUCAUUUUUUUCUGAACAUUGUGACUUCACAUUUGUGAAAAAAAAAAUGCAUGAUGAAAAUUUUUUUUUGUGUUUUUAAAGUGAUCAGAACAAAAUAAUGCUUAUCCUUUUUCAUGGAUAUUCAUAUUGCUUUUAUUGUUGGGGAGAGCUGACAUAGAUUAUUUGGCGUAGGUACCUAUUAUAUUUUGUUUGGUGACUCUUUCUGGCACAAGUCUAGGACUUCCUAGAACAUGUAAAUAUGUAUGUGCUGCUGCAUUUAAACUGUACACAAGCUGCUUUUUAUUUGAAUUGUCAAAAACUCUUCUUAGAGCUUCCUUGUUUUUUUUUUUUUUUUGCUUUUUGGAGAAUACUUAUGAUUACAAGAUAAGACUGUAGCCUCAUCGUUCAAAUGGAUGCUGGAUGAAAUCAUUAGAUAAUGCUUUUGUGUAUACAUGCCCCAAAUCCUAAAUCAGAACAUUCAUUCAAUUCAUUCAUUCAUUUUCUGUAACCGCUUGUCCUCUGGAGGGUCGCGGGGGUGCUGGAGAAUAUUACUUUUUUCACAACAAAGAGGUUUGAUCAAGUCUACGCUGAAUCCAGCAGAAGAACAAAAGUGUAUAGCUUUCGUCCUCUCUGUCGAUUGCUUGUUUUCUUAGACUGAAAUUGUUUGUUUGUUAAUGCACUUUUUUAAAAAAAGAAAAAAAAUGUUUAAAGUGAAUCACACUUAUUAAGAUGAGAGUAGACUGGUGGUUUAUUUAUUCAAAUGUAUGCUAUUAUUAUUGCAACUUUCCAAAUAAAUGAGUUGGUAAAUGA